AUGACCAUGGCAGAGUUGCACCCCUCUGGGCAUGUAUCCAUGACGGUAGAAGCGCCUCCGACCUAUUUGAAUCGCGCGAUACGAGGGAAACGAACUAGAUAUGCCCCAAAGGCCUGUGAAGAAUGCAAGAGGCGCAAGGUCAAAUGCGACGGGAAAUCUCCAUGUCACCAAUGUACUCGGUCUUACUUCCGCUGCAAUUAUGCCGAACGAACUAGGUCCGGCCGACCCUCUUCAGAUUUAAACCUGCUGAAACGCAGGCUUGAAAUGCUGCAAGAACAGGUCUCUGCUCUAGCAUCCCAGAGGCAGAAUGAAGAGGCAAGAGGGGUGAAGGAGAACCCGCAACGCCAUGCCUUCAUCGCUGAUUGCGACUCGAGAUGCCCGUCUCACAUGUCAAAUCCAACUCCGUCACAGGCUGACAGCCAACGUACCAUGUGGUCAACCGCCUCGAACUAUCCACCAUGUAGUGGGCACCCCAGCUCGUCGUCCUUCCGUGCGACUGCCGCGACAUCAAUCUCGAGAAUAGGGGUUCAUUCUACGUCGAAUCAACCCGAUACUGUUUCCGUCAGAUGUCCGGCCUUUGGCCCAGCAGAUGUUCCACGCAGCCCGCUGCUUAGGAUCUCAGAGGACGAGACAUUACGCUUGAUAGGUGUUUAUGAAGCCGAAUGUGGAUUGCUUUAUCCGUUCCUGGACCUGACAGCCGUUCGUCAACUGGCUCACAGUCUCUUAUCACCGGCGCAUGGUGGUAUUUCGUCAACGCCUCGGUCUGAGCGCACUUCUAGGGAAAACGUUACCCUAGAGAUGAUUGUUGCUAUUGCGUUGGUGAUAGAAGGAAGGGGCCAGACUACCUCCAGUACCAGCAUGCUGGACGAUGUCGAAGCGGAAAUGGAUUUUCGCCCCUGUGGAGCGUCCAUCGAUGUCCGUUUUCUCGAAACUUUGACCCUUAUGAGCAUAUAUCAGUUUUAUCGUGACGAAGAGAUGCUGGCGUGGCGAACCAUAGGUCUAGCGGCCAGAGCUGCCCUCGAAAUGGGACUGCACCUUCGGGAGCCGCCCUUUGAAUGUGGAAAAGAACGAGAUCGCACGAAUAGGCUCUUCUGGUGCAUCUAUGCUCUGGACAGACGGUGGAGCCUCGGUACAGGGCUCCCUUUCGCUUUGCACGAGGAGGAUAUCGACCCCAGCCUUCCAGAACCCCGUGACUCCCCUCCUCAUUUGUUCACGAGCAUGAUAGCUUGUUCACGGAUUGGAUCCAAGAUCUGGAAAGCUUCAUUGAACCUCGACCACUUUUUGCAACCGGCCAAAAGAGAAGAUACCGCGUUUCUCGAGUAUCAGGUCCGGCAAUGGCAUGACUCACUAUCCCCUGAACUUCGAUUCAAUCCUGACGACGACCUUGUGAUUGAGAGUCUCUCGCCGGCCAUGAACAGACACAGAAUUCUGUUUCAUCUUCGGAUGAACCAUAUGCGCAUGCUGAUCCAUAGGAGGUCACUUCUGACGCCGAAUACGAUCACAGCGGACACAACACGGGAGGGUGCCCAGCUUGCUGUCGAUCUGGCCAGAGAGAGUAUAUUGUUGCUCGACAAGCUGCACCGCGUUUCGGCCCUGUACUCUGCGCAUCAGACCUGUUUCAACUACUUUCUGUACUCAGCCCUGACUUUGAUCUUCCUGGCCGUGUGCCACGCCAAGGCACGAUUCUACGAGUAUUGCCGCCGGGAAUUUCUCCUGGCUCUGGACCUCAUUGGCGGAGUUUCGGCCAGAUCGCACUUGGCCAGGAAGUUGUGGAAGACGAUCAAACACCUGAAGGUCGUGGGUCCUAAACUGGGGAUUCUGGCGUAUAUGGAUACAGCGGAUGGAGAGGGCGGUGGCCCCGGUGGAAAUGGCCAAACCUAUGUUUCCCCGCGCGAUGAGCACCAGGUUUUCGCCGGACAUGGACAACAAGUGUACGGCCAUGCUGCACCGUCUGUUCGGAUAGAUUUCGGGACUCAGACUCGGCAGGCAGAUGGUUUGCAAGUUCCAAUGUCAAAUGGUUGCCCCAGUCUCUUCAUGCAUGAGUGUGCUGUCGAUGGAGGUCAAUUGAGCUCCGAGCUCUCGGGCCUCUUCCAAGCGAUCGAGCCCAGGUACGAUCCGAUGCCGUUGCAGCUUAUGGGCCAGUACCAGCGGACGGCAGAACCCGCACGGGCAGGGACAGCAGAGGAUUUAUCCAGGAGUCUGUGGAACUAUUUCUGA